AUGAGUAAAGAAGAGUUUAUGAAGAUCCAGACUUGUGUUCUCAAAGUGAACAUUCAUUGUGAUGGCUGUAAGCAAAAAGUUAAGAAAAUCUUGCAGAAAAUCGAAGGUGUUUUCACGACAAAGAUAGAUGCAGAGCAAGGGAAAGUGACGGUAUCUGGAAACGUAGACCCUUCAGUUCUUAUCAAGAAGCUCUUGAAAUCUGGUAAACACGCCGAAAUCUGGGGAGCUCCAAAGGGUAACAACACCAAUCAGAACCAACCCAACUUGGCCAGUCAGUUCAAAGGCAUGCAGAUUGACCACGGCGGCAAAGGUGGUGGUCCCGGUAAUGGCGCUGGAAACAAUAACAAAGGCCAGAACCAGAAGGGAGGUCCUGGUGGCGGUGGCGGAGGAGGAGGAGGCGGUGGUGGUGGAGGAGGAGGCGGAGUAGGGCCACCGAAGAUGAUGCUUCCACAGUUAACUCCACAACAGAUGCAACAGCUAACUCCUCAGCAGCUGCAGCAGUUUCAGCAGCUUCAACAGCUACAGCAGAUGAAAGGGUUUCAAGAUAUGAAGCUUCCUCCUCAGCUUAAGGGUCCGGGUCCAGGUCCAGGUCCAGGUCCUGGCUCUGUUCCUGGGAAUAAGAAUCCUCAGAAUCCUAAUCAGAAGGCUGUGAAGUUCGAUAUUCCUGAUGAUGACGACGAGGACGAUUUCAGUGAUGACGAAUUCGAUGAUGAGUUUGAUGAUGACGAGUUUGAUGACGAUUUGGAGGAUGAUGAGUUUGACGACCACCCUCCUCCGCCUAACAAGAUGAAGCCUAUGAUGGGUGGUGGUGGUGGUGGUGGUAACAUGAUCAUGCCUAACAACAUGAUGCCUAACAUGAUGAUGCCUAACGCUCAGCAGAUUUUGAACGCUCAUAAAAACGGCGGUGGUCCUGGACCCGCCGGUGGUAAAGUAAUGGGUAAAGGAGGUCCCGGUGGUGCUCCUUUUCCUGGUCAGAUUAUUGGCGGCGGUGGAGGCAACGGUGGUAAGAAGGGAGGUCCCGGUGGAGGCGGCGGCGGUAAUCCGGGGAAUCCAAACCAAGGCGGAGGGAAGAAUGGCGGUAAAGGAGGUGGUGGUGGACACCAGUUAGAUGGAAAAAACGGAGGAGGCGGUGGCGGUCCUAAAGGAGGUGGCGGAGGCCAGAUGAUCGGCGGUCCCAACGGUGGCAAAAAGGGAAACGAUGGUGGCGGCGGCGGAGGAGGACCCAUGAGUGGAGGACUCCCGCCUGGCUUCCGUCAAAUGGGAGGCGGCAAUGGCGGAGGCGGAGGACCUCCGACGAUGAGUAUGCCAAUGGGUGGUGGUCAAAUGGGUAAUCUACCACAAAUGGGAGGUGGUCCAGGUCCUAUGGGUAAUAAUAAUAUGCAGGCCGUUCAGGGAUUACCCGCAAUGGGUCCAGGUGGUGGUCCAUCACCAGCAGGAUAUUUACAAGGCCCCGGCGGUGGUGGUGGCGGAGGCGGAGGCGGCCAAGACUCAAUGCCGGGAAAUCCUUACUUACAACAGCAGCAACAACAACAAUAUUUAGCGGCGGUUAUGAACCAGCAACGAGCCAUGGGCAACGAGCGGUUCCAGCCGAUGAUGUACGCUCGACCACCGCCUGCUGUCAACUAUAUGCCGGCUCAACCGCACCAACAACCUUACCCGUAUCCGUAUCCAUACCCGUACCCGACCAACGGUGGUGAUGAUCAGUAUUCUCACUACUUCAAUGAUGAGAACACAUCAAGCUGCAGUAUUAUGUGA